UGUCCUGUUUACCUCGCUGCGAUCUGUGUCGGUUGACAUGGCGGCAAUGAUCCUGCGGCUUCCGGCUUCAGCGCUUCAGCGCACGCGCUCCGUCUGGAGGUUGUUCGCUGUGAAUCAUUCCUGCUUCCUGCCGGACAGAGUGAGGUCAACACAGAUCGGCUCGACUCAUCUGAAAGCCUCCAGGAUGCAGAAGAAGCUGCUGCUGGACGUGGACUGCGGCGUGGACGAUGCUCAGGCCAUCAUGUUGGUGCUGGCUGCCCCCCACGUGCAGCUGCUGGGGGUCACCUGUGUGCACGGGAACACCACGGUGGAGAACGUGUGCAAGAACACGCUGCGUGUCCUGCAGGCGUGCGACAGGCUGGAGGUCCCCGUGUUUCGAGGAGCGGCCAAGCCCAUACUGGGGAACGUCGUGGAUGCGGGACAGUUCCACGGUCAGGACGGGCUGGGCGACGCUCCGGACCCCGGGGCUCCCAGUCUGGACCUGGUCCAGAAGGAGGGGGCGGUGUCAGCCAUGAUCAGGAUCAUUAAUGAGAAUCCAGGAGAGGUGUCACUAGUUGCCACAGCGCCACUCACCAAUCUGGCACUGGCAGUCAGGUUGGACCCGUCUUUACCCAGCAAACUGCGAGGGCUUUACAUCAUGGGAGGAAACACUGAGUCACGCGGAAACACAACUGUGUGUUCAGAGUUCAACUUUGCAGCCGACCCUGAGGCCGCCUACAUCGUCCUGAAGGAGUACCUGUGCCCCACGUACCUGGCUUGCUGGGAGUUCACCUGCUACAGCAAACUGUCCUGGGACUUCUGCGACGCCUGGCUGAGCCAGGACUCGGACAAAGCUCGGUUCAUGGAGCGGAUCUUCCGUCACAGCAUCGAGGCGUCCAAGAGCGAGCACUUCCAGAAGGAGUUUGUGGCCGGUUCUGGUUUCGUCUCCUGCGACUCAUACGCCGCCGCCGCAGCGGUGGACGACGCCUUGGUUCUUGAGAGCGACUGCUACCCGGUCAGCGUGGAGCUGACGGGCACUUACACCCGAGGCAUGAUGGUGGUGGACACGUUGGACCGGCUGAAGAAACCGCACAAGGCCGUCAUCCUGAAGAAGGUGGACAUGAGGAGGUUCGAGGAGAUGAUGAUGGCGGCUCUCAAGUAAAUAGAGUUGUGACUUUCACAGGCUUGACUUUUCUUCUCUAUUCCGUCAUUCAUGACCUUGUGUUAAACUCAAGGUCAGGGGCACAUAAAAGCCCCUGACACGACGACAGGGCCGCCACACUCAAAAUGCCAAAAAAAUAAAUUUCUUUUUUUUUCCCCAAGUCAAACAGGUCUGGCAUCCUUGGACCAUGUGAACACUAAGAAGUGCAACUACGUUCCUUAAAGUGCAAAAAAAAAGAAUUCCUGAGGCACAAGGCCAUAUUCAAAAUGGAAAAAAUAUAUUUUUUCAAAAGUUAAAAAAACGACUUGUCUGGCAUCUUUGGGUGAAAGUGUGUUUGGACUGAGGAGCUCAGUCAUCCAGGACAGACUCCAAGUAGAAGCACUGAAUCUGACUCUCAGUUCACCUGGACACUCAUCAGAAUAGAGCAACCUGUGCAGUUCCAUGUGUUUAUUGCAUUAAAACCUUCACAACACAAACAGAAUAUGAACAACUUGGGACUGGCUCCAGCUCCGAUCUCGUCCUUGUUGCUGUCACGAGUGUCGACAGUCCUUGACAAGUCCGACGCUGCAGUCACAUGACCCCCCCUCAAUAUCCUUUCCUCCCUCUGAAUCGUGACCUUGUGUCCAGCUGUGGAUCAGAAGGGUUGUUUUUAAAAGGCAAGUGUGCGUCUAGACACCGGGACAGCGACUCACCAUCGACCUCUUGCACUCGAAGAAUGACGUCUGCAGAGCUUUGCAGUGACCUUCCUUCAAACACUCACUGGGCAGUUUCCCCUCCUGAAGAUCAGCAAACAUUCAGUGUUCCGCUUCCCUGCAUUUCCAUCUCCACAACUAUAACCAAAUCAAUAACUGAUACGAACACACCAGUUGUCUGACACCUUCUGUGCCCAUGAAACCGGGGAGUGGAUCAUGUGACCUGGUUU